UCUCACCAUCAAACAGCUGCUAAACAGCCACAUCGACAGAUACACACGUCUUGUUUCCAUUGCCGUUCGGCCUGCUUGGCUUUCGAAUUGACGACACAUUCUCACCAUCACCUCAUCCUCGCAAAGCCUCCCGUGUACAUGCUCCAGGCUGUUCCUUGCGCCUCAUUCUAAGCUUGACCCAUUCAGCCGAGAUUAUCGAUACCGACACUUAUACCGAAAGUUUCCCAUAGCCUCGCGCUCACGAGACGCCUCGCUCGAGUCUUUCACGCCAUGUGUCUAUAGCCCUUGACUUGGUCUUCUCCGCUGUUCACAUAUUCCAUCCCUUGCUUCAAGACCUACUUCCGAUUGCCUCGAGUGUCCAUAGGGACCGCUUGUUCUACACAUGAUGGGCGCAUGCAUGAGCUCCAAUAAGGAGGAUGAGGAGCAGAAGAAGCGCAGUCAGGCCAUCGACCGGGCCCUGGACGAAGACUCAAAAAAACUACGACGAGAAUGCAAAAUAUUACUGCUCGGCUCGGGCGAAAGCGGCAAGUCGACCAUCGUCAAGCAGAUGAAAAUCAUACACCUGAAAGGCUAUUCGGAGGAGGAAUUGUAUAAUUAUCGUGCCACCGUCUUCAAGAACCUGAUCGAGUGCGCCAAGGCAGUCAUCAUUGCCAUGGACCAAUUCGAUAUCGAACCGAGCAGCGAGGAAACAAAAGACUAUUGUGAAUAUCUACUCGGUUACACUGUCGAGGCAGGACCCCAGGCUCGCAUAGAAUCUAAAGUUGGUACCGCGGUGCAGGCGUUAUGGACAGAUCCUUGCAUAGAUCAGCUUAUGCAACACGCUACCGAAUUCUAUUUGAUGGACUCAGCUGAAUACUUCUUUGACGAGGUCCAGCGGAUUUGUGCCCCAGACUAUCUUCCUAAUGAGAUGGACGUUCUUCGUGCCAGAACUAAAACCACGGGUAUCUAUGAGACUAGAUUCCAAAUGGGCGCACUCAGUAUACACAUGUUUGACGUUGGAGGUCAAAGAAGCGAACGGAAGAAAUGGAUUCACUGUUUUGAAAACGUCACAUCCAUCAUUUUCUGCGUAGCUCUGAGCGAGUAUGAUCAAGUACUUCUCGAAGAAAGCAGCCAGAAUCGCAUGAUGGAGAGCUUAUUGUUAUUCGACUCCGUUGUGAAUUCGAGGUGGUUCAUGAGAACCAGCAUCAUAUUGUUUCUAAACAAGGUCGAUAUCUUCAAGGCGAAAUUACCGAGGUCGCCACUGGGCAACUAUUUUCCAGACUAUUCUGGUGGCAAUGAUGUGAAUAAGGCAGCAAAGUAUCUCUUGUGGAGAUUCAACCAAGUCAAUAGGGCUCACUUAAAUUUAUACCCCCACCUUACUCAAGCCACCGACACAUCCAACAUACGAUUGGUGUUUGCAGCGGUCAAGGAAACGAUCCUCAACAAUGCACUUAAGGAUUCCGGCAUUUUGUGAAGUCGGUUCUUUCCAUUAGUUGAGGCUCUCGAUUUACUUGCUACAAUUUGGCAUCAAGACCUAAAAAGCAUCGGGUCGGAGUUUUGUGAGAUUAUUACAACUUGUUUCCUGGCAAGGCGUUUGGGACACGGCAGGAGUGCCAAGGCAGGAAUUCUUCUCAGCAUGUGGAAUGAUACACGAUACGCGGUUAUUAAGAAUUUGAACGACCUCCGCGAAGGGAAUCGGAAGGAGUUAUUGUCUUUAUAGAAGAAGACUCAGCCAUACCUAUUUUUUUCACAGCAGUCAGUAUUCGAUGUUCGAAUCAGGAUUUGGAGGAACAUUCGCUUGAUGGAUUAGACCCGGGAAAGUACUCGAAGCCACUGCGGCUAGCUCAUAGCGACGACAAGACACAAGAAUUCAAGAUCGAAUAGCUUGAGAGCGGAGGGCUACCUUGUCGCGCCACAAGAUACCUCUUCGUUGGUUGAUAUCAACAGGACC